AGCCGUUUCGGCCCCGAGGGCCGAGGGGCGCCCCUCGGCGCCCAGAGCCGCCCCCCCACCCGGGCCUGGCUCGGCAGGCGGGGGGCGGGCGCCGGCCGGACCCCGGCGGGGCGAGAUGGUGCCCCGGGCGCCGGCCCAUGGCCCCGACGGCUCCCUGCCCCAGGACCACGAGGACACGAUCAGAUGAAUCUGGGCAUCAGGAUCAUCACGAACGCCUUCCAGAGCAAGAUGCAGACGCUGCAGCAGGAGAUACGGGGGCUGCAGGUCAGGUGCGAGGAGCAGCGGGCCAGCAACGGGUUCGUGCAGAAGAAGAACACCUCGCUCGAGGUGGAGCUCGUCGAGAGCCACCAGCGCCACCAGUCGCUCGCAGAGGAGAACAAAGAGUUGAGGAAGACGGUGGACACGCUCGACAAGCAGAUCACGCGGCUGGACCACCUGAGGAAGCAGGUGCUCCAGUCCAUCCAGGCCGACCACCUGGAGGCGUCGAAGCUGGGGGAGACGGACCUCGCACCUCAUGAACGACGAGUUCCUGAGGAACGCCACGCCGAUCACGUCCGCGGAGUGCGGCUUCGGCGGCGCGUCUUCGACGCCCGGCCGCGGCGGCACGUCGGCCGUGGCGAGCGCCGCGGGGUUGGCGCACGACGCGGCCGCCUCGGGCGCCGGGCUGCGGCCGUCGGCGGGCGCCGCGGAGCCCGCCGCGGGCGCGCCGGACGGGAAGUUCUUCCGGCAGGCGCGGAGCCGAUUGUCCUACGAGGCGUUCAACCUGUUCCUCGCGAGCAUCAAGAGGCUGAACAGCCAGCAGCAGACCCGCGAGGAAACGCUGGGCGAAGCUCGCAGGAUCUUCGGGCCCGAGCUGCAAGACAUGUACAGGGACUUCGAGGCGCUACUCAACAGCCACGGCAUGUGAGGCGCUCACCAUGCGGCCAGCCCUGGGAUGCCCCCGCCACCCUCCCUCGGGUGGUGCGGUGCACGUGUUUUUUUUGUUUGUUCUCUCUCUCUCUCUCUUUCUCUCUCUUUCUC